GCGUCGGCGGCAGAUACGAGUUUCUUUUCGCGUCGCGCGACGAGACUUGUCGGCACUUGUCGAGUAACAGGCCCCGUCGUCCGAGAAGGAGAGCCCCUAGCGCGCGUUCGUGCCACCCCGCUGUCAACCGGGGACACCGCGUUUAUUUUUAAGAGAGUCCGAGAAUUGCAGCCAAUUGCGGCCAAGCCCGGCGCCGCUUCAAUCAAGGGCGAAAUUGCACGCGCUUCCUCGCGAGAGCAUCCGAGGCUCGACGACGAGGACAAGGUGUCUCGUCGCGCGGAGAAAAGGUCGCGAAAAAUUCCCCGAAGGACCCGAUCGAUCUUGACGAAAAACGGCGUGAACUUGCCCGCGGAACGCGCUCUCUCGGCGUGAACUUCACGCCGUGUGUUUUCUCCUGCGGGAUCCCUUAACCUCACUUCCUACUCCGGAACGAGUCUUCUGUCAUCUCAGAGGAUGCGCGCGACACGUCACCUCAUCUUUGUUUCUUGUUGCGUAUUCGGUACGUGAUGCCGGCGGCGCACCUGACGCUGCGCGAGGAGGACGUGGUGCGACUGACCUUGGAGUUUCUCCACAGCCGUGACCUUCACAUCUCGCAGCUCUCGCUCGAGCGCGAGACCGGCGUGAUAAACGGCCAGUACAGCGACGACGUGCUCUUCCUGCGUCAGCUGAUCCUCGACGGACAAUGGGACGACGUUCUCGAAUUCAUCCAGCCGCUGGAGGCGCUCUCGGACUUCGACAUGAGGAAAUUUACGUACUCGAUCCUGCGUCACAAGUACGUCGAGCUGCUGUGCAUCAAGUCGGAAGCGAACGUCAUUGCUGCCGGCACCAACGGCAGCGUCGAUAACGCGGUGGAGGAGGUCGUCAAGGUGUUGAGCGAUCUUGAAAAAGUCGCGCCCUCCAAGGAAGAGUACAGCAGCCUGUGCUUGUUGCUUACUUUGCCGCGACUGACGGAUCAUUUGCAGUACAAAGACUGGAAUCCCAGCAACGCUAGGGUGCAAUGUUUCCGCGAAGUUCAUCCCUUGGUGGAGAAAUUCCUGCCGGGCGACAGGAAGAGUAUCGACUCCGCGCAUCCAGUCACCUCGGCGAAAAACGAUCGACUCAUUCAGCUUAUUAUCAAGGGCAUCUUGUACGAGUCCUGCGUCAAUUACUGCCAAGCGAAAGCUACCGGGUCGAAAGAGAGCGAGCAGGUAGAGAUGAGUUUCUCGAGGCUGCUCGAUGGGUCUGUAGGCUUCAGCGAUUCGGACUUAAGUUUACUCUCAUGGCUCCAAAGUAUACCCCCCGAGACAUUCGCUGUACCCUUCGCGCAAAGAACUUUGAACGUCGACGUGGAGCGCCUGGAGAGACCCUCUCUGGAGACCUCGUGGACGGAGCACAUGCUGAUAACGCCGAUAAAACCGAAAACCUUUCCGCACAGCGCUAUGCCGUUCACCAGACCUAGAUCCGCCGCGGACAUGAUGUCUCGCAGUUUAGUACCGGCUCUGGAGGCCGGUCUUGGGCCCAGGAGUCCCGGAUCCAAGAACACGGCUAUACCAUCCGCGGCGCUCAUGGCGCUGUCCAUCGGUGACGUGAACCCGAUGUCCAGGUCGUCCUUCGCCAGCUUCCACCUGACCGGCUUCAAGAACAACAAACUGAUGAACACCAGUGUCGAUAGGCUCUUCGAAAACGAGGGUGACGUCUUCCUUAGCUCGAAUUACGCCGAGUUCCAACAGCUACCUUCGAUACAAGAGAUGACGAAUGCUCAACCUAAAGCUCCACCGAGAACGAGAGGACACUCCAAAAGCCCCGAUGGUGUGGACGUGGAUCCUUCAGCAACAUCCACGCCAGAACGUAGAGUGGGUGGCAGAGAAUCACCGGCGCUCUCGACUGCUAGGAGUUCCAGAAGAGAUUCUUUGGCGGAAAAGCCUACCGGAGUCGCGGCGAAAAUUACGGAACCAACUGCAAUCCCGGUUAGAGCGGUGAUAGCUCCUGGCGAUCAUCUCGAACAAAGUUAUAAUGGUGGCCUGUUUAAGGAGUACCAGAAGCAGAAGCAGAGAUUGCAGGAAACUAUUCAGCAGAAGGAAAGGGAGAGAGACGAAUUAGUUAGGCAACUAUCGGCACCGUUACCUAUGCAAGUAACUGAUAAUAGACUGCAGGGAGAAGGCAUUAAACAACCAUUGGGGAGCAAAGGACCCUCGCCGGUUCACACGAGUACACCUGUCCGGUCUGGAAUCCAGUCGCCGAAGCCCACGAUCAAUGGAUCAGAUCCAAUCGCGAGACAGAAUUCGAUGUCAGGUGGCAUUUAUGAUUCAAGGAUGUCGGAGGGACAUUAUGAUAUCAUCAAAUCAAAGCAGGAACCAAGACCGGAACUCGACACCAGCAACGGAAGCAGCAACGGCGGCGGCAGGCCUCGAUUCGUUCCCGUCACUGCUCUGGAGGAUGUGCAGGCGGUAAGAUGUGCCGAAUUCCACCCCCACGGGAAACUCUACGCCGUGGGAUCAAAUUCGAAGACGCUACGGAUAUGCGCCUACCCGAAGCUGCACGAUGUCAGGGAGGAUCAUCAGACGUAUCAACCCACUGUUCUCUUCAAGAGAACGAAGCAUCACAAGGGUUCCAUUUAUUGCCUUGCGUGGACACCGGAUGGUCGAUUGAUGGCAACCGGAAGCAACGACAAGACCGUAAAAUUGAUGCGUUUCAACGCUGAUACUUCGAAUCUAGAAGGACAAGAGGUCGAAUUAACUAUGCACGAUGGUACAGUGCGCGAUCUGUGCUUCCUGGAGGACACGUCAAACAAAUCGAGUCUUCUGAUCAGCGGUGGUGCGGGCGAUUGUAAGAUUUACGUUACCGAUUGCACGACUGGUACACCUUUCCAAGCCUUAAGCGGCCACAGCGGUCAUGUGCUAACACUUUACAACUGGGGCGGAGCGAUGUUCGUCAGCGGAUCGCAAGAUAAAACAGUCAGAUUCUGGGACUUGAGAACAAGAGGCUGCGUUAAUAUGGUUACACCUGCGACGGUACCUGGCAGUCGGCAUUUGAUUCCAUUGCAGGUCGGCAGCCCCGUAGCCGCGCUAUGCGUGGAUCCGUCUGGUCGGCUUUUGGUGUCCGGCCACGAGGACAGCAGUUGCGUUCUCUUUGAUAUUCGCGGUGGCAGGACGGUGCAGUGUUUCAAACCUCACGCAGCAGAUAUCAGGAGCAUAAGAUUCUCACCGUCAGCGUAUUACUUAUUGACGGCGGGAUACGACAACAAACUGGUACUCACAGAUUUGCAAGGUGAUCUUACGAUGCCUCUACCUAGCGUUGUAGUAGCCCAACAUCAGGAUAAAGUCAUCUCAGGACGUUGGCAUCCGACGGAAUUUUCGUUCCUCAGCACUUCCGCUGAUAAAACCGCAACCCUUUGGGCCUUACCGCCUGUUUAAAAAUCCAGUAUGGUAACGCGCGCAUUGUUAUUUAUUUAUUUCAUCGCUUUUUCAAGAGAAUAUUUUGGUACAAUACGAUUCAUUGUCAACUGCGUUAUCUGGAUAUAUUGAUUUAUAUUGAGUCGAUCGCAUAAAAAGAUCCAUGUUUUAUUUUCAAAUUCUUCGACGGACAUUUACUAUAAAAUGAACACUUUUACAUAAAAUGAACAAUUUUAAGCGAUAUCAAUAUUCUAACAAAUUUGUGUAAUAGCACACAAUUUAACCAUGACCACAAUUAAAACUUCUUUAAUUUA